UCCUUUUGUUGUCCUCCUGCGGCGCAGGCGUGGCAGAGUUUUGCCAGGAGUGCCGGUGGAGCUAGAGUAAGAGGUAAAGGGAUGAACGGGAGCAAACAGGGAGAGAGGCGACAUCUUUUUGGUGCGGUGCUCGUUACCUUGUGAACGCGUUCUCUGGAACCCGGACUAAGUGCGGUCCUUUCCCCCUGCCGUCCCCUUAUCGGGACAUAGGUCCGGACCAAGGCCAAGUUCGUAGCUUGCGUACUGUUUGUCAAAUCCAGAUACGUUGGGCCGUUACUCUGCCCCUUCCCACCCCCAUCCUGCUUCCCUUACUCUAGGGCUUUGGAGGGUGAAUGGUUUUCUGUCACUUUUUCCCCUUCUACCACUUCAAGUUGUUUUUGAAACGUAAAUAGUGUGGAAAAAAGAAAAAAAACUAUUUUUCCUAUAGCUAACCGCCUCUCUCUUUUAUGUUCUCAGUCUUCUUGCCAAUGCAGUUACUCUGUGAGGCUGGCCCCUUGCCGCGUACCCCUCCCUCGUUCCCUCCGCCGUGCCAGCCUCCCUGCAGGAUCCUUGCGCGUCUUUCCAGCCUUUCAGUCUCCUGGAGACGGAGAUUGCAAGGGCACUUUCAGUUGCGGAUGAAGUUCUUGGCAUCAUGGUCCGCAGAGAAUUCUGCCCUAUGGAUUUAGGGCUGAUGGUAGCCAUUUCUUUGUUUUCUUUCGUGUAUGAAACUGAAACGCUGGAGUGUCUGCUGUGAAGCUGAGUUCUUUGGAGUGUGGAAGAGAGUUUUUGUUUUUGUUUUUUUUGCAGGAAUAACAUAAUUACUUUUGAAUGACACAGUGGAAAAAGUUCGAGUUAUCAUUUGAAGUACAAAAUUUAUGCGCUUUGGGUGCAAGUGUUCCUACCCUGCUCUGUACCAGAUGAUGGACCACACAUCCCCGACCUACAUGCUUGCUAACUUAACCCACUUACAUUCUGAGCAACUUCUACAGGGCUUGAAUCUUCUUCGUCAACAUCAUGAACUCUGUGACAUCAUUCUUCGAGUAGGUGAUGUUAAAAUUUAUGCUCACAAAGUGGUACUUGCCAGCAUCAGCCCAUAUUUCAAAGCCAUGUUCACUGGAAACCUUUCUGAAAAAGAGAACAGUGAAGUUGAGUUUCAGUGCAUUGAUGAAACUGCUCUCCAGGCCAUUGUGGAAUAUGCCUAUACAGGGACUGUCUUUAUUUCUCAGGACACAGUUGAAUCUCUCCUUCCAGCAGCAAACCUACUCCAGAUAAAACUUGUCCUGAAAGAAUGUUGUGCAUUUCUUGAAAGCCAACUUGAUCCUGGUAACUGUAUUGGAAUUUCUCGUUUUGCAGAGACGUAUGGUUGUCAUGACCUUUAUUUGGCAGCCACUAAGUACAUAUGCCAGAAUUUUGAAGCUGUUUGCCAGACUGAAGAGUUUUUUGAGCUAACCCAUGCUGAUUUGGAUGAAAUUGUUUCCAAUGACUGUUUGAAUGUAGCUACCGAAGAGACUGUUUUUUAUGCACUAGAGUCUUGGAUUAAGUAUGAUGUACAAGAACGCCAGAAAUACUUAGCACAGCUACUUAACAGUGUGCGAUUACCAUUGCUGAGUGUUAAAUUUCUCACUAGACUAUAUGAAGCAAAUCAUCUUAUUCGUGAUGAUCGUACCUGUAAACAUCUUUUGAAUGAAGCCCUAAAAUACCACUUUAUGCCUGAACAUAGACUCUCUCAUCAGACAGUCUUGAUGACACGACCUCGCUGUGCUCCCAAAGUACUUUGUGCAGCAGGAGGAAAAUCUGGACUGUUUACGUGUUUGGAUAGUGUGGAGAUGUAUUUUCCUCAAAAUGACUCUUGGAUUGGUUUGGCGCCCCUAAACAUUCCUCGCCAUGAAUUUGGAAUUUGUGUUUUAGACCAAAAAGUGUAUGUUAUAGGUGGUAUUGAAACUAAUGUUUUGCGUCCUGGCAUCACUAUCAGAAAACAUGAAAAUUCAGUAGAAUGCUGGAAUCCUGAUACAAAUACCUGGACUUCUUUAGAGAGAAUGAAUGAGAGCCGAAGUACUCUUGGAGUGGUAGUACUUGCAGGAGAACUUUAUGCUUUAGGUGGUUAUGAUGGACAAUCUUAUUUACAAUCUGUAGAGAAGUAUAUUCCCAAAAUAAGAAAAUGGCAACCUGUGGCACCGAUGACUACAACAAGAAGUUGUUUUGCAGCAGCUGUAUUGGAUGGAAUGAUAUAUGCUAUUGGUGGGUAUGGUCCUGCCCACAUGAACAGUGUGGAGCGUUAUGAUCCAAGUAAGGACUCCUGGGAGAUGGUUGCAUCCAUGGCAGAUAAAAGGAUUCACUUUGGCGUGGGUGUCAUGCUAGGCUUUAUUUUUGUGGUGGGUGGACAUAAUGGCGUCUCGCAUCUGUCAAGCAUUGAAAGAUAUGACCCUCAUCAAAAUCAGUGGACUGUGUGUAGACCGAUGAAAGAACCCAGAACAGGAGUUGGUGCUGCAGUAAUUGAUAACUACCUUUAUGUCGUCGGUGGUCACUCCGGGUCAUCCUAUCUCAACACCGUGCAGAAAUAUGACCCUAUCUCAGAUGUAUGGCUGGAUUCAGCUGGCAUGAUAUACUGUCGCUGUAACUUUGGAUUGACUGCACUUUGACAAGCGUGAAUUUGUGGAAGUAGUAUGGUGGUGAAACUUGUGCUGCAUGAAAAGAUGACCAGUUUUCAGAGACCCAAAAGCUGCAUUGCUUUCUGUAACUUGAAGUGACAUGAAGACUCAAAAUUUGUUGGGUACUUUGAUUUGACAGGUAGCUGUGGUUGCUCUUGAUGACACAGUAAAUCAACAAUCAGAAAAAAAAAAAAAAAAAGAAAGACCUUGCCAGU